UUGGAGAUGGGGUUGGGCUUCCCAGGUAUUUUGAAAUCAGUAAAAACACAGUCACCUGCCAGAGAGAGAGGGCAUACCAGUGUGCGUUUGACUAUCAUCACACCGUCAUCACCUAUUCUAAGAGGCAAACCGUGUCUGGAACAAUGACAGAGAAAACUAAAGAAUCUAUCUACAAGGGCGUGGAUCUCCACCCGCAGACCAACAACGUUAACCACCGCACCAAAGAAAUCUCCCUGACUCAGCUGAUUGUGAGGCGGGGCCAGCCCUUCAAACUGACCCUCAAUCUGAGGCAACCUUUCAACCCUUCUGUUAACCCGCUACGCAUCUCUGCAGCGACAGGAAAACUUCCGACUGAGAAACAGGGGACGUUAUCAUUCUUCGGUGUCCCCGAUGUAGUCACACGUUCACCAUCAGCAAAGGCGGUGUGGAAGGUGGAGCUGGACAAGGGUUCCUCCCCAACAACCGGCAACCUGAUCCUCACCAUCACCCCCCCGGCUGACACCCCCAUAGGGGAGUACACCAUGACGGUGAAGCACAGAGAUCAGGAAAUGGUUCUGGCAAAACCUGUGGUGCUCUUCAACCCCUGGUGUCCCGAUGAUUGGGUGUAUCUGAAGGAUGAGAAUGAGAUAAACGAGUAUGUGAUGAAUGAACAAGGAAUUAUCUACAAAGGAACUAACAACUACAUUGACUCUUGCAACUGGGACUUUGGACAGUUUGAAGACGACAUGGUGGACAUUUGUUUGAGGAUACUGGACCUCAACCCCAAACACAUGAAAGACCCCGGUGAUGACGUCUCUGCUCGCUGUAACCCCAUCUACGUCAGCCGCGUGGUCAGCGCCAUGAUCAACAGUGAUGAUGACCGUGGUGUCCUGCAGGGACGCUGGGGAGGUUCCUUUAUAGGUGGGGUCGCACCCUCUCACUGGACCGGCAGUCACGCCAUCCUUAAGCGCUGGUUCGUCAUCGGGUCCUACCCGGUCAAGUACGGGCAGUGCUGGGUGUACGCCGGCGUGAUGUGUUCAGUGAUGCGCCUGCUGGGCAUCCCCUGCCGCGUGGUCACUAACUACGAGUCCGCCCACGACAACGACAAGAGUCUGACCGUCGACGUGUACCACGCCGACUUCGGAGUCAGAGAGAAACCAUCCCAAGACAGCGUUUGGAACUACCAUGUGUGGGUGGAGGCGUGGAUGAGGCGGCCAGACCUGGCAAAGGACGGCAAAUAUGACGGCUGGCAAGUUCUGGAUCCAACACCACAGGAGAAGAGCCAAGGUGUUUACUGCUGCGGCCCAGCCCCCGUCGUAGCCAUCCUGAACGGAGAAACGGACAUCAAAUAUGACACCCCGUUUGUCUUCGCUGAGGUCAAUGCCGACUGCAUUGACUGGCUGGUCAAAGCCGACGGUUCUAAAGUGAAGAUCUUCUCUGACACGGCGAGAGUCGGUCAGAAUAUCUCUACCAAGGCUGUCGGCUCCAACAAGAGGGUGAACAUCACCGACAGCUACAAGUACAGAGAGGGAACAGAGAAAGAGAGGUCUGUCUUUAAUCACGCCACCACCAGAGACCUCUCCAAGAUUGAUGAGGUUGAGGAGGAGAAGGAAGAGACUGAAAAGACAGAGGAACCGCUCCAGAAUGGAGAGACGGAGGGAAACAAGGCAGGAAAUGAGACCACAGGAAGUACGGAUGUAUUAACCCCUGUCAUCGCCCCUCAACCUCCGUCACCACAUAUGUCCAUGAAAUUUGAAGAGGUGACCCUACCAAAGUACUGUAAGGAUGUGAGGUUGAUGCUGGUGCUGCAGAGUAAGAACAGUGCUGCCAUGCAACUGUCCAUCAACAUCAGCGUCCAAGCCAUGAGGUACAACGGCUCGCCAGCUGGGACCAUCCAGACCGAGGUGAAGGAGGAGACACUACUCCCUGGGAAAGAUCUCUCCGUCCCUAUCCAGGUUCCUUUCUCAGCCUACCAGAAACUCAUGCUGGAGUGUGACAUCCUGAAAGUGUCAGCCUUGGUAACAGAUAAAGAGAAGCCAGAUAACGUAUACCUGGCUGCGCAUGACGUCGCGCUGCUUGACCCUCCGAUCUCCAUCACGGUUUCUGGUACAACCAAACUGAACAGAGAGGCACAAGGGGAGGUGGUUUUCAUGAACCCGGUCACGGAGACGCUGAAGGAGUGUACUCUGAACAUCUCUGGAAGUGGCCUGUUGAAAGAGGACAUUGAAGUCAUGAUUCCAGAUUUGAAGCCAAGCAACCGAAUAUGUGUCAAGUUCCCCUUUGUCCCCUACAAGCUCGGGAAGAAGACGCUCGUGGCCAACUUCGACUGCUCCACCUUCAGAGACAUCAAGGGCAGCUGCACCGUCGAUGUAAAGCUGUAAAACCUCUGCAUCGCUGAGGAAGAGUCAAACGUUGUGGGUUAGAGUUCAUAUCUUGCUCCUUUGCAGAGAUAGGCAGCUGCAGUCAGUUAAGAUGUGGAAUGGGGGCUGCAAAGAAAACCCCAUAAACCACUGAAACCUCUAGCGGCGCUCUACUUACU